UCCCGCAGUCGGGCCACAGCGCGCCGAGCCGCCCGGGGAUGAGUCUCACUCUGUCUCACUCCGUCUCACUCUGUCUCACUCCGUCUCACUCUGUCUCACGCGCUCAGGACUCACACACGGACUAGCGAGGACAUUUACUGAAGCGGCUGCGCAGGGGAAGGCUCCAUGAAUGUACGUCACCAUGAUGAUGACGGACCAGAUGCUGGAGCUCCCGCCGCUGCUGAACGGCGAGGUUCCCAUGAUGCACCACAUGAUUAACGGAGACGCCUCACAGCAGGUGAUCCUGGUCCAGGUGAACCCUGGUGAGACCUUCACCAUCCGCAGGGAGGACGGGACGCUGCAGUGCAUCCAAGGUCCAGCUGAAGUUCCCAUGAUGUCACCAAACGGCUCCAUCCCACCCAUUCACGUGCCCCCGGGGUACAUCUCCCAGGUUUUGGAGGACAACACAGGGGUCCGGCGGGUCGUGGUCACACCUCACUCUGAGUGUUACCCCCCCAGUUACUCUCCUGCUCUCUCACCGACCCACCACCUGCCCCCGCCGUACAUGACACACCCCCACUUUAUCCCCGCCUCCCAUACAGCGUAUUACCCCCCCGCCAGUCCCGGAGAUGUCCCCCCGCACCAGUACUACCAGCACCGCCUGCCCCCGAUCUACUCCGAGGAGAUCUUUCCGCUGUACAACAUGUCGACGAUCCUCAGGGAGGAGUACUGCAAGCCGCAGCCCAAAAAGCCCAAGGAGCGCGGCACCGAGCGGCCCAGCCUGUCCCGGGUCAGCACCCCGCCCUCGUCCAGCUACAAGAGCGGCCCGGCCUGCAGCACCACGCCCAACGGCUACGGCAAGAGCCACGGCACGGCCGCCGCGGGAGGGGGAGGAGGGGGAGGAGGAGGAGGGGCCAGUCCUGGGAAUAAGCGAGCGGAGAGGAGGAGCAGAGGGAGUCCCAAACACUCGGACAGCGACCAGCCAGAUCCUGAGCUGGAGGCCAGAAGAGACCAGGACGUCCCAUCAGGAAUGGACAAGCCACAGGUGUCUAUGAUCCAGGCCCGCUCGGCGCUGGUGUCGUGGUCUCGCGCUCCCGCAGGGCGUGGUCAGACGGACGGAGCGGCGGUGUCGUGCAGUUAUGAGCUGCUCCUCGCCGAUAAAGGCUGCGAUGGCAAAUACCGAGUCGUGUACAGUGGAGAAGAGCCGCAGUACACACUCACUGAUCUGAGACCAGCUACGGACUACCACGUGAGAGUGAGUGCAGUGUGUAACGCUAUAAAAGGUCCCCAUUCGGAGGCGAGGACCUUCACCACCCACAGCGCCCCCCCAGAGACCCCUCUGCCCCCCCGACUGUCUCACCGCACCAAGAGCUCUCUGACCCUGCAGUGGAAGCCUCCUGUAGAUAACGGCUCGAAGAUCACCAGCUACAAGCUGGAGUGGGACGAGGGGAAGAAGAACAGUGUGUUCAGAGAGUGUUAUUUUGGACACCAGAGACACUUUAAGGUCAUGCGGCUGUGUCCUGCAGGGGGAUACACCUUCCGCGUGGCGGCGCGGAAUGACAUCGGAUCCAGUGGCUUCAGCCCCGAGGUGGUUUUCCACACCACAGGAAGUCCGCCCCAGAUGCCCUCGGCCCCGCGCCUGCUGCACACCGGAGCGUCCUGGGCGGAGCUGGAGUGGAGCCGCCCGAGCAGCUACGGCCCGGAGGAGGCGCUCACGUACACACUCGAAAUGCAGGACGAGACCAAGGGGGCGGAGUUUCAGGCUGUGUACACCGGUGUGGAUCUGAGCAGCAGGGUGGAGGGGCUGAGCAGAAACACACAGUACAGGUUUAGGCUGACGACCUGCAGUGCGGAGUGGAGAAGUUCUCCCAGCUCCCUCCUGGUGUGUCGGACGAGUGUGGACAAACCCGGCCCCCCCGCGGCCCCCGGAGUCAGCGCCGUCACCUCUCACGGCUUCUGCGUGUCAUGGGAGCCGCCGCACGAUGACGGAGGCAGCGGAGAUCUCACGUACCUGCUGGAAAUGUCUGAGGAGGGUUCGACAGCAGUGGGUCAGUGGGUGGUUGUGUAUCGCGGGUCGCAGCAAGAACAUGUGUGUGAGGAGCUGAAAGCAGCGACUCGGUACUCGCUCCGGAUCAGCGCGGAGAGCGCGGGGGGGCGCGGCCAGUACACGGACAGUCUGGUGGUCUGCACUCUCAGUCUGCCCCCCGGCCCCUGUCACACCCUCGCCGUACAGGGCAGCGUCAAACACAGAGAAGUCAGCUUACAGUGGGAAGCUCCUGUGUGUGUUGUGGAGGAUGAAGCUCUGCUCUACAGCGUGGAGAUGACCGCCCUGGAGGAUGAAGAGCAGGUCACUGAGGUCUAUAAUGGCUCACAAACAGAGUGCAUCGUGGGUAACCUGCUGCCCGGCGCCACCUACAGGUUCAGAGUGCGCGCCACCAACGACGCCGGGUUCGGGCCGUACACCAAGUUCUUGGAGGUGACGACUGCAGCGGGACCUCCGGGCCAGUGUGGGGCGCCGGUCAUCUCUCUGAUCUCACACUCCUGUGCAGUGGUCAGCUGGGAGACGGACGAGAGCUCGGGCGCAGACGUCUCGGGCUACCGGCUGGACUGGGGACGCCAUGAGGACUCCCUGGAACUGGUUUACAGCGGCACAGAAACUUCCUGCGAAAUCUCUGAGCUGGAGGCUGCAGUCAGCUACUGCUGUAGGAUACAGGCCACCAACCAGGCAGGGGCGGGGCCUUACAGCGAGCUGGCGUGGUGCCGUACGCCGGCCGCCGCCCCCAGCGCCGUCAGCAGCCUGUACGUACAGGACGGGUUCUCCUCAGCCCCGGACUCGGAGCCGUUCUGUCCCUCCACCUGCCUGGCGCUGGCGUGGGACGAGCCGAACUGCAACGGCCAGGAGAUCGGUGGCUACACCCUCACUCUGGGGGAGGAGCUAAUCGCGGUGGGCGCGGCUACCUGCACCGUCAUCAGGAAUCUGCAGCCUGAUACAGAGUACAGUGUACAGUUGAGAGCGGAGAAUGCAGUCGGUGCAGGUCCGUUUGGGCCGAGUCUCCAGGUCAGAACCAGGCCGCUGCCCCCGAAUCCCCCGAGACUGGAGUGUGGCAGCGCCGGACCUCAGAGCCUGAAACUGCGCUGGGGCGACAGCAGCAAGAGUCCAAACACAGACACUGACACCACAUACAUCCUGCAGAUGGAGGACAGGAACCAGAGGUUUGUGCCGAUCUAUCGGGGGCCGAGUCACACCUUCAAGGUCCAGCGUUUAAAUGAACUGAGCCGCUACAGUUUCAGGAUCCAGGCCGUGAGCGAGGCGGGAGAAGGCCCGUUCUCUGAGAUCUACUCCUUCACCACCACUAAAUCUGUGCCUCCCACACUGAAAGCUCCUCGAGUGUCUCAGCUGGAGGGGAAUGCGUGUGAGGUGAGCUGGGAGAGCGUCCCGCCCAUGAGAGGAGACCGGAUCACUUACGUCCUCCAGGUGCUGGGUGGGAGAGAGUCCGAGUACAGACAGGUGUAUAAGGGAGAGGACACGGUCUUCCAGCUGUUCGGCCUGCAGUGGAACACGGACUACCGUCUGCGCGUGUUCGUGUGCAGACGCUGCGCAGACACCUCGCAGGAGCUGUGUGGAUCCUUCAGCCCGUCCACCCACUUCUGUCCUCGCCGCACCGUCUCGCCCCUCAGUGUGGACACGGUCUCCGUCGCCUCGUCCUCCGGAAAAAAGCUCACGGACGAACAGUUCGCCAGCAUCAUCGUAGUGGGCGUGGCCUCCGUCUCCAUCUUCAUCGCGUACCUGCUCCACCUGCUCAUAUGAGACGCCAAGACACGCCAGACUAAAACCUGCUUUUCAGAAAAAAAAACUUCUCUUUUUUUAUAUUCCGUUCUUGCUUGUUUUCUUUGUCUGUCGCUUUUUAUAUGUUUAAACUUUGUUUCUUGUUGCACAGAUUUUUUUAAACUACAAACUUUUACGUAAAAGUGGUAAAUGAAAGUAUUUUUUAUAUGUCUUCUGAUUUUUAAAGACUUUUUUCUACAUAAGAGCGUUUGUGCGAAGCCCCUGAACGGUUUGAUAUUAAGCGUUAAAAUGAUUUCAUAUUUUUAUACUUUUUACAAAAUGUUUAUGUGAUACAGCGUUAACACUUGAUGACGUGUUUAUUUAGUCCUGUGCUAAAUCAGUUAGCUUCCAUCGUAACACUAAAGCAGCAGUCCGGAUGAUUACACUAGUAUUAAACACAGUCGCCUUUAUACUGUAGACGGGAACGAGUGUGUGUGAGUGUGUGCAUGUGUGUGUGGGUGUGUGAAGUACAGGUACAGACCAGAGUCGGGUUCGAGCCGUUGUAUUUAUUGCACCUGAUAACGAACGCUCUUUAAUCACAGUUACUGAGACUCGGCCAGAUGUUUAUUUGCAGCUGUGUCGGGGGAGGGGGAGGGGGAGGGUCCCCUCUGCACAGCUGUACAGAAGCGUAAAAGGGAAAGCGGAUUCUUUUUAUUCUUAUUUUUAUUCUUUUUAUUUUAAUUUUAAUUAUUAUUAUUAUUAUUAUUAUUAGGUCCUGAUUAACAAACCCAGCCUCCUGUUGGCCAAAGACUUUAUUUCAGUUCUCACUGGCGUCUUAACAGCAUCCUGAAGAAGUGUGAACCGUCACGCAGCAGCUCAGGGACUGAAGGGCCCUGAUUCCUGUCCAGCGCUCUCCGCCCGGUGAGACGCCAGAGCCAGAGACGUCCUCCUGCGCACAAAGAGCUUUUUUUAAUCACCUUCAUCCUUUUUCGUGCUUUUCUUCAGAGUUUCCUCGUAGCGUGUAGCGUCUUUAGCUGAGACUACGUUAAUGCAGUACAAGAGAAAUGUUUACUAGCUCGAUCAGACCUUAACCAAAGUUAGCGCGUGAGCUAGCUCGGUAGGUUUAUUUAUACUAUAUAUUGCAUACAGUACUUUAUAAUGCAAAUCACAGUGCAAUCUUUCGUUUAUUUAUUUCUUUUAAAGAAAAUCAAAUGAACUGUCAUAUUCAAUAUUUUUUCUCAUGUAGCAUGUCUUUUGUUUUUUUUUUGUUUUUUUUUGAUGAAUUUUUUGUUUUCAAAUAUAGAGCAAUAAUCUUUAAUAUUAACCUGUUUUUUGUUUUCCUCAGAUAUAUGUGUAUUGUUCAGUCAUACGCUGUUUUUACUCGAGUUUGUGUCCAAUUCCAUUCAACAAUCGCUGAUUUCUCUUCUCCAGUUUCUAGCAGUUUCUUUUUUCCUCUCCAAUCAGCAAGUUAAAGCCAAUGUUUGACCUAAUAUACAGUAGAGUAUAUAUUAUAUAUAUUAUAUAUAUUUGUAUUUUCAUUUUCUCUCGAUUUUAGUUAUCAGUACAGUCUCUACCGGUCAUGCUUUAAGGACUUCCAACAUUCCAUGACUUUGUUUUUUGCAGCGGUGCGACAUGACGGUGUGAGACCACGUCAUAACGAGAUAUAAAACUUGAAGUGAAAACACUUGAACACUUUUCAUUUCAAUUGUCGUGUUUUUUUUUUUUUGACCCAAGAAAUCCAAACCCACAUUUGUUUAAAAUAGAAAUGAACAUUAAUUUAAAAAAGUUUUUAUGACAUUGUGAUGAAAUCCCUUUAGAGUCAGUGAGAAUCAUUCCACUCUGUCUGAAUUAUAAUCAUGUCACAUUUAUUGUUGUAAAUUAUAAUCAUAGGCAUUAUAAAAAUCCCUACCAUAUCAGUUUAAUGUAUAGAGUUGAAGUAAUACCCUUUGUAUUUAAGAUGAUUAUGUAUCUGUAGUAUAUAUGUAAUAUAUUUAUACACAAUAAAUUUUAAACAUU